ACACACCAGAGGAUCCACACUGGGGAAAAGCCAUAUCAGUGUUCUCAGUGUGGGAAGGUCUUUAGCCAAAUAGGUCAUCUCAAGACACACCAGAGGAUCCACACUGGGGAAAAGCCGUAUCAUUGUUCUCAGUGUGGGAAGGUCUUUAGUCACAUGUCUGCUCUCAAGAAACACCAGAGGAUCCAUACUGGGGAAAAGCCGUAUCAGUGUUCUCAGUGUGGGAAGGUCUUUAGUCACAUGUCUGCUCUCAAGAAACACCAGAGGAUCCAUACUGGGGAAAAGCCGUAUCAGUGUUCUCAGUGUGGAAAGGCCUUUAGCCAAAAAGGUCCUCUCAAGACACACCAGAGGAUCCAUACUGGGGAAAAGCCAUAUCAGUGUUCUCAGUGUGGAAAGGCCUUUAGCCAAACAUAUCAUCUCAAGACACAUCAGCGAAUCCACACUGGGGAGAACCCUCAUGAAUGCUCUGCGUGUGGGAAGAGCUGA